AGUCUCCUCUCCUCCUCCAGUUUCUCCUCCUCCCCUCUCCUCCUUCAUUUCCCUUUGCUCCUCUUCAGGCUGUGACCACAACCGUUGGCUGCUGCUUUUCACGUUUUGUAUUUCUGCUGCUUCCCGGGUGGCCUAAGGGCAAAGCAGCAAUAGGCUGUGUGCUUAAAUGCAUUCUGAUUAUACAGGCGAGCUUUACGUGUGACUCCACUCCUCUUACUAUUACGCUGCUUUGUUAUUGUGCCGUAAAACCCGUAACGAUGCUUUAACCUACUCUGAUUUUUAUUCUGAAAAACGUCGCAUAUAGCGUCUAAUAAAAGACAAAAAUAAACGUACACAAAAAAACCCUGCACUAUCAUCUUUCUGUACAACACAACGACUCCGUUCAGCUGAACAGGACCACCCUGAGGGCGCGUGCUCAGAUACGUCACGACGGAUCAAACAGCUACCGGCUCAUGCAGCUCGGCUGCCUGGAGUCCGUGGCCAACUCCUCGGUCGCCUACUCCUCCUCGUCGCCGCUCACGUACCCGGCGCCGGCGGGGACGGAGUUCGCCUCGCCCUACUUCUCGGCCAACCACCAGUACACGCCGCUGCACCACCAGUCCUUCCACUACGAGUUCCAGCACUCCCACCCGGCCGUGGCGCCGGAGGCCUACGGCCUGAACUCGCUGCACUCGGGCCAGUACUACCAGCAGAUCCACCACGGGGAGCCCGCGGACUUCAUCAACCUGCACAACGCGCGCUCGGCGCUCAAGUCCUCGUGCCUGGACGAGCAGCAGCGGCGCGAGCUGGGCUGCCUGGACGCCUACCGGCGCCAUGACCUGUCGCUGAUGACGUCACACGGCUCGCAGGCCUACGGCGUGGGCAUGCACCACCCGGACCAAAGGCUGCUGCCGGCCGCCGGCCUGGGCCUCCCUCCGCCGGCGGCGGACGACCUGCAGGGCUCCGUGGAGGCGCAGUGUGGGCUCGUGCUCAACGGCCAAGGGGGCGUCAUCCGCAGAGGUGGAACGUGCGUGGUGAACCCCACAGACCUGUUCUGCUCCGUACCGGGUCGGCUGUCGCUGCUCAGCUCCACCUCCAAGUACAAAGUCACCAUCGCCGAGGUGAAAAGACGACUGUCCCCCCCAGAGUGCCUCAACGCCUCCCUACUGGGUGGCAUCCUGCGCAGAGCGAAGUCGAAGAACGGAGGCCGGUGUCUGCGGGAGAAACUGGACCGUCUGGGCCUGAACCUGCCGGCGGGCCGGAGGAAAGCCGCCAACGUCACCCUGCUCACGUCGCUGGUGGAAGGAGAGGCGCUGCACCUGGCCAGAGACUUCGGCUACACCUGCGAGACGGAGUUCCCCAGCAAAGCAGUGGGGGAACAUCUGGCGAGGCAGCACAGCGAGCCCAAGGAGACCAGCGCACGCAAGAAGAUGGUUCUGGCCACAAAGCAAAUCUGUAAGGAGUUCCAGGACUUGUUGAGCCAAGACCGGUCUCCGCUGGGCUCGUCUCGGCCGACCCCCAUUCUGGACCUGGACAUCCAGAGACACCUCACGCACUUCAGUCUCAUCACCCACGGCUUCGGCACGCCGGCGGUCUGCGCCGCCCUCAGUACUUUUCAGACGGUCCUGAGCGAGAUGCUCAACUACCUGGACAAAAACUCAAGCGGCAAAGCGAGCGGCGGCGUCGACCCGCAGAUCAACAGCAGCUCAGAGAAGACGCAGCUCCGGAAAACAGCCGAGCCGCAGAGCAAAGACGGGAAAACGGAAAAAACGGAGUAGCCCCCGCCCGCCCCGCGCCCGUGCCUUGGAGCUGCAUUUAGAGAGCGAGUGUGUGUGUGUGUGUGCGAACUAUCACAGAGGAUUUGUUAAAUCCCAUACAUUACUGUGUCUGCUUUGAGACAAUUUAUAUUUAUUUUAUUUAUUAUCUUCCGUUGAGACUGGACGGUCCCCAAGAGGCGACCUGACGUGUAAAUCUGUAUAACUGCGCUGAGACGGAGGAGCCUCGCGGAGACUCAGCCGAGACUUUUAUUCGUUUGUUUAUGAAUCCUGAAAACAGGAAGUGAACUUGGACGAUCAUUUCACAGGACGAAGGGGGACACGCGCUCAAAUCACAGGUCGGGUUUGAAGCAGCUACUGUAAAUCAGGCGGAUUUCUGCAAAAAUGCAAAACCCGACGCAUGCAAGUUUAUUUAAUCUGGUUUGUGUUAAAUUAUUAUAAACAAAUCCUGUUCACUAUAUUGACCAUGGUUUAAUUAAAUGUCAGACGACUGAGCUGAAAUAAAUUGACUUUGCAAACAUCUGUAAUAGAAUAAACUGCUGUGAACCGGACAGAGUCGUGCUCGACCCUGUAGGAGCCGCUUUCGUUUUCGUUUCCACGCCGACACCCGGUGCCAUGGCAACCAACGUGUUUACCCGUGGACCACAGACGCGGAGGCUGCUCCUGCACGUGGGGUGAUUGACGCCACCGCCUGGGGUCGUGAGCGACCACGAGCACGCGACAAGGGUCCAACUCAGCCAUUUUGUAAAAGGUGACUGCAGCCGCCAUCGUCCUCCUCCCUGUGCAUGUCUCGUCGUUGGACACUCCCCAGAUCGCAAGUUCGGCCGACACGAGCUCUCUGCCUCGUUCAUGAACAUUUGUACAGAUAUAUAUAAAUAUUUAAAUUACCUUUCUUGUAGGUUUUUAACUAUAUAUAUGUUAAAUCCCUACCUUCUAAAACUGCUGGUGUUCAAUAAAGACAGUUGCUACGUGUUCUACUA